UAAUGCUUCCGUUUUUUUUAUCUGUUUUUCUUCUGAAAUCAAAAGAAAACAAGAAGUGAAGUGGAAUUGUGAUAAAAAUUGAAUUGUAAGAAAUCCGUUGAUAGAAUAAACAAGAGAUUGCAGUGUUUCGAACGAAUACUAUUACAUUUCAAGGAAAAAGAAACCCGGUCAAUCAAACAGUCGUGCUUAAAAAUGGCUAACUGAUAAGGCAGGAUUCUUAGAGAUUUGAUUUCGAACAGCGACUUAGUUGGUACUUAAAUGGUGAUGUCCCACUUGGAUAAGCGGCAAUACGGCGUGAAACAACAAAUAUGAUAAAAGCGUGCUGUCUGUCGUUAAUUAUUUCUACAUUGUUAAAUAUUGUUUGCACAAGAGAAACGGAAUGGAUACCGUGCGUCGAGUUGAAGCGGGAUUUACACGUUCCGUGCAAAUGUUCCAUCUCCAUGGAGUACAAUCGCUCCCUUGAUAUGAAUUGCGAUCGAAUGGUAUUUACGCGGAGCACUAUGGAUAAUAUAAGAGGACAACCGAUAGUUUCUAUUAGUCAAAGAAAUAGCGGAUAUCAAAAUCUACCAGAGGAUUUGCUCAAUUCUGGUUUGAAUUUGAGAAAGCUUGACUUAUCUGGAAAUUCGAUCCAUAGGUUGAUGGGUCGAUUACUUCGCGCACAGAUUCAAUUAAAGGAAUUAAGACUUGCCGAUAAUCUCUUGGGUGAUAAUCUAAAUCCAAUAUUCUCGAGCAACGAGUUUCACGGCAUGAAACAAUUAAAGCUACUCGAUUUGACUAGAAAUGGUCUUCGGAGUUUAGAAGAAGGCAUUUUCAAAGGAUGUGAAAGUCUUGAACAGCUUUAUUUAAACGGCAACAACUUUACCGCGGUGCCGACGAUGUCAUUAAAAGGUCCAAAGUCAAUUAGAGUGCUUUCGUUGUCAGGCAAUAAUAUUGGAUCUCUUCCACGUGCUGCUUUCUCAAUACUCGGUGAAUCGCUGUUACGACUAGAUAUAAGCGAAAACGAAUUGUCUCAUAUAGAAGACGGUGCGUUUUCUGGACUUGGACGGUUACUCCUGCUAAAUAUUUCUGGCAACGAUCUUAGCCGCUUUAAUAGUGAGGUCUUCAAAGGGGCUUACAACUUAUUGCAGUUGGAUUUAUCUACGAACUUUUUACGAGAAUUUCCGAGCGACGCGCUGAGACAUUUGACAGAUCUAAAGUUUCUUAAUUUAUCGAAUAAUCUGAUCAAUGUAAUAGAGCAUGGACAUUUAUCGGCCUUAAGCGAACUUCAGGUAUUGGAUCUUAGUCGAAAUAACAUAGGACGUCUAGGUUUCAAUACGUUUUUGAAAUUGUCAGAAUUGACUAGCCUUGAUUUGAGCUUAAAUGCAUUACGCACGAUCGAGGAAUCAUCAUUCAAUGGUUUAGUCAAGUUAAAAUGGCUUUCGUUACAAGAUAACAACAUCUUGUUAGUACCAGCCAUGGCACUAGCUAGAUUACCAUCUUUGGCUCAUCUUCAUAUGGAAUUUAAUCGUAUUGCUGCUCUCCCAACUGAGUUAAUCGAAGCGACAGCCUCAAGUCUUGUAACGCUGGCCCUCACUCGAAACCUAGUCCGAGAGAUACCUGCCGGUCUAUUCCAGGAUUUUCAAAAAUUGAUCAGAAUCGAUUUAUCUGGGAACAUGUUACUCAGAGUCGCACGCGACACGUUUGUCGGAUUGGAAGAAACGUUGCUCGAGUUGGACAUGUCUUCAAAUAGGUUAACCUCGAUCGGUGAGCUUCCUCUAAGACGAUUGAUCUCUCUUAACUUGUCAGGUAAUCGGUUAACGCGAAUAUCUCCGGAGACUUUUAAUCAUUUGAAAAAAGUCCAAUAUUUAAAUCUGAGUUCAAACCCUUUGUAUGGUGGUUUCCCACCAGUCUUUCCUUCUUCUGUGAUCGAUCUCGACGUCUCACGUACCGAUCUAAAUAUACUACCGACAAUUUUAUUUCGAAACCUUAUAUCACUUAAGAGGAUAUCAGUAGCCAAGAAUCAAUUGCUGAGAAUCGAAAAAGGCACGUUCAAUCGACUAGGAAAUCUCUCGCGGGUUGACUUGUCCGGAAAUCGUAUCGAGUAUAUCGAAAACGAAGCUUUUAUAGGAUUGACUAAUUUAUACCAACUAAAUUUACGAGGUAACAAACUGAGUUUAUUUACCGGAGAGUACUUUGACACCGGAACGGGACUAGAAAAUCUAGAUUUGUCUUCGAACCAAAUAAAUCGACUGUCAUCGACUGCUUUUGUGAUACAUCCCAGAUUACGGAAGCUCGAUCUGUCUGAUAAUCAAUUACUUUACUUUCAUAACGAUUAUUUGAAAUCCUUGCAAUUUCUUGAGUGGUUGAAUUUGUCAGGAAACAGGUUAAAAUGCAUCGACGAGUUUACAUUUUCACAGCUUGGUCGACUUCGAACAUUGAAUCUUGCUGCGAAUCGUAUUGAGUCACUUAAUGAGCUCGCGUUUCAUAAUUCCACACAGCUGCAACUACUCGAUCUAUCAGAGAAUAGUAUAGAAGUAUUAAAUGAAAGAACGAUGGAAGGUUUGUUUCGUUUGAAACACUUGAACCUCCGGGAUAAUCGCUUAACUUCUCUUCCGGAAACAAUCUUCGACCCGACGAGAGUUCGUUUCAUUGAAAGUAUCGAUUUAUCUGGAAACCGAUUGAACGAAAUUCCUAUUAGAUCUUUGCAGCGGCAGGUCCCUUUUCUAUCUAGCUUAAACCUUGCUCGAAAUAGAAUGGUUGAAUUAUUUAGCCAGGAAAUUACAAGCAACGUAAAGGAGCUUGAUCUAUCAGAUAACCCGCUAAGCGAGAAUGCGAUCAAAGGAAUAUUGGGCGAAGCGAAAAUACUUCGAUCGCUGAAUUUAGCUAAUACUGGAAUCAAUCGGCUGGCAGUUAGACUUGAAAUGCCAUUCCUGAAACGACUGAAUCUUUCCAAAAACAGUCUGACCGAGCUCAAGGUAAUUACUCUCGAACGCACUACUAUGCUUGAAACGUUGGAUGUCUCAAGGAAUAAAUUGUCAGAUUUCUCAAGCGUAAAUCGAGUGUUUCAAACGUUACCGGCUCUUCGUUGGUUAGAUAUAUCCAAUAAUUAUAUAAAAAUAGUCAACGAAACCAGUUUCAGUGGAUUGAUCAACUUGCGUUUUCUAAGGAUGUCUAAUUUACCGAAUUGUACAAGAAUCGAACGAAACGCUUUCAAGUCGCUUGGAAAGCUUCGCUCCUUGUAUGCAUAUGAUUAUCCGAAGUUGGGCUAUUUCGACGUUCAAGGAAUUCUCAAAAAAAUGUACAAUCUGGAAAUGUUGGACAUCGAGAUUAAGGAUUCUUCAGUAAGCAAUGAACAAUUAUCAAUAAGUUCACAUCCGCGACUUAAGAAGGUGAUCCUUCGAGGUGAUAGGCUCAAAAAUAUCCUGUCCAGCUCGUUGGUUGGUGUUCGAGAGCCCAAACUAGUAUUCGGUCUCAAGAAUACCUCUGUCGACUCGAUGCCGACUUCUCUUUUCUUUCCGGUGCCUCGAUCCACCGAAUUGGAAUUAGACAUCUCUGGCAGCAAAUUUACCACACUAUCUGGACAAUUUCUUUCAGCACUUGACGAAAGAACUGGUUCUGUGAAAAUUAAAGGGCUUCGCUACAAUCCAAUUGAUUGCAAUUGCGAUGCAAGACAACUCUGGAAAUGGCUUAAAGUAGUCGAUAACGAUGAUCCUUCAAACUUUAUUUUAUGUUCCACACCGGCCAGCUUGGCCGGAUCAUUGCUGACCAGUCUUGCUGAACAUCAAUUUUCUUGCAAUUUUACUUCCUACAAAUUUUUCGAUAAACUCGACAACACCACCUCUAGUAUUCACAUUCUUACGUCCUCCACUUCUCCUUCCGCCGCAGCCGCCGUCUCUACCUCUACCACCUCCUCUACUUUCUCCUCCACAUUCUUAUCCUCCUCCUCGUCUUCUUCUUUUUCUUCCGGCUCUACCACAAUAUUCUCUUUCUCCUCUUCAGUAAAAUCUACGUUUUUGGAACCAGAAAUUAUUUGGACAGUAGCACCUGUAGUUCAAACUAGAGAUCACAAUAAACAUUUUAAUGGUGAUCAUAUUUCUUCUUCGCCAGUCGGAUCUUCCGCUAGCACGGAUGAUACCCUAAUCAUCGGUAUUGUUGGGGGCGUCGUCGCAUUCAUAGCUGUAAUCGUGAUUGUGAUAUGCGUGUGUCGAUUUAAAUGGUUUUCUGACCGAAUUGAUCAGACGCGUUUAGCCGUAGCAACUGGAACCAGUAGCAUUCCCGAUACCUCGAUGAUUAGGCCUGCUAGCGCCUAUUCGGGAAAAAUUAGUCAUGAGUUUUACCUCGGAUCCUACAACGAAUCUACGUUGGAUCGUAGAAAUACAGCGAUAGCUCCUUCUAUUCCAACUACGUCUCCACCAAUAAUGCCUUUAGUUCAACCACCAAUGCAUCUAAUGCAUACUCUUUUAACACCUAUGCCAACUCAAACGCAAUCACAACUGCAAACGCAACAAUUUUACGGAUACUGUGAUGGCACUUCUUUGCCCAUCUACAUUGCUUGUUCAACCGAUAUUAAGUCAAGUGACAGAUAACCCUAUGCUUUCAUUGCAUACACAUAUAUACCUCAUAAUUUACUUGAUCAUGUUCAACUAACGCAUUCACACGUUUACGUUGAUUUAAAUGUAAUUUUAUUGAAUAUUCUAUCAUUUAACAGACAAUUUAAACUCAUACGAAUGAUAAAUAAGUACAUACUCAAUAUACAGUAAAUAAUACACGUUAUUUUUCUUGUAUUCAUGUGCGUAUGCAUAUUUGCGCGCGCGCGUGUACAUGUACGCACA